GACACGUGACGGGACACAACAGGAAAGUUCUGCGGCUGCAAAGUUUGACAUUUCUUUUGCAAAGUGCAACUGCAAGUGCAAGCAAGUUCUUCAGUUCAAGUGCAGUGUGUCGACACGGGAGCUCAAGAAGUCAUCGAGAGAGGUCCUCAGCAUCAGUAAUGAGUGAUGAUACCAUCUGUGUCUAACAUGAAGAAUGUCUUGGCUUUGGUUGUCAUUUUGGCAAGCAUUGCAGAGUAUCCAGUCUGUGGAAAGAAUGGCAACCCUGAGCUGCAGACAUCACCAAACAUCAUUUUCAUCUUAGCUGAUGACUUGGGUUGGAACGAUGUAAGCUUUCAUGGUUCCUACCAGAUCCCUACCCCUAAUAUAGAUGAGUUGGCCUACAAUGGUGUGAUCCUAUCCAACUAUUAUGUGUCCCCCAUCUGCACUCCAACACGGAGCUCUCUGAUGACUGGAAAAUACCCAAUUCACACAGGUAUGUGGCACGGCGUUAUACUUGGUGCAGAACCGUGGGGGCUUGGCCUGAAUGAGACGCUCUUGCCGCAACUGCUAAAGCAGCGAGGCUACAAAACACACAUGGUGGGGAAAUGGCAUCUUGGAUUCUUUGAUGAGAGGUAUACUCCAACCCAGCGAGGGUUUGAUACUCAUUUUGGGUACUACCUCGGCAAACAAGAUUACUGGACACAUUAUGACACAGAGCAUUUUAAUGGAAUGGACUUUCACAAGAAUGGCUCUACAUAUAAGCCAGCAUAUGGGAAAUAUUCCACCAGGAUCUACACUCAAGAAGCAGAGAACAUUAUUGCUACACACGAUAAAUCACAGCCAUUGUUCCUGUACUUUGCUCAUCAAGCCGUUCAUAGUGGCAAUGAUCCCGAGCAUGCUUUACAAGCUCCAAAGGAGUACUAUGACAGGUUUAGUAACAUCACAGAUGACAAGCGAAGGAUGUUUGCAGCCAUGGUUGCAGUGAUGGACGAGUCAGUAGGGAAUGUCACCCGAGCCUUGAAGGAAGCUGGUUUGUACGACAACUCCAUUAUCUUCUUCUCUACUGAUAAUGGUGGACCAGCGCAUGGAUUUGAUUUCAAUCACGCCAAUAACUACCCGCUAAGAGGAACUAAGCUGAGUUUAUGGGAGGGAGGAGUAAGAGGCACUGCCUUUGUGCACAGCAACCUUUUGAAGAAACCAGCGCGCAUAUCACACGAUCUACUCCAUGUUUGUGAUUGGUUGCCAACAAUUUACGGUUUGUCUGGUGGAGACGUUAGCUCUCUGAAGAAUCUGGACGGGUUUGAUGUUUGGCCGACACUUUCAAAUGGCCUGACAUCUCCACGGAAAGAGAUUCUACUGAACAUCGAUACUAAGUACAAUGUGUCUGCGUUACGAGUUGGUGACAUGAAAAUCAUUAAUGGUGAUGUACGUAAAGGGGUUUGGUCUGGCUGGUACAAACCCGAGGGAUUACCCCCACAUUACAUACCACCACCACCACCCUCAGGAGCAUUUGCCGUACACUGCCCGCCUAAACCCAGCAAUGCGUCGACCAACUGUAACCCAUUUAAAGCCACAUGCUUAUACAAUAUCACCAACGACCCUUGUGAGUUCUACAAUCUAGCUGGUUGGAACCAAGAUAUUGUUUCUGAAAUGACUUCCCGUCUGAACGAAUAUAAAGACACCAUGGUCCCAGCAAGGAAUGUGCUGACAAACGAUCCUAAUGCUAACCCUGACCUCCAUGGUGGAUUCUGGGUCCCUUGGGUCUGACCUCAAGGUUAUGACCUUUAACCUUUGACUGCUAAUCCCAAGAAUUCUCAGGAUAAACCUACUACACAGACCUUUCUAUCCCAAUGGCAUAGCCUGAGUUCCUACGAUGGAAAGCCAUGAAUGCAUAACUUAGAGACACUGGAUACUAUUGGUAAUUGUCAAAGACCAGUCUUCUCACAUGGUGUAUCUCAACAUAUGCAUAAAGUAA